UACCUUUUGCCCGGGACGCAUCCAAACACCGAUCCAUCUAAAAGUUCCAACACCAUCCCUUCAGGCCUCCCUCCAAAAACUCUCCCCCAGAACACCUGCCUCUCUUUAUCAGUAGGUCCGCCUAGCACUGUGGAAGAGAGUCCGUUUAGCACAAUGAGUGAACAGGCACAGCGUGAGCAGGUAGAUGGGCGGCUAGGUAGACAGACAGGUCAGCCGUCCAUCAUUUCCUUUCGGGCCGAAUGAAAUGAUUAAACAGGCUUAUUACAGGCCAGUCUGAACAACCCACCGGGGGCGGAGUGGGGGUCUACAAACUAUUUUUUUCGGGAUCAACAAUGUACCUUUUCCCCCCGUUCUAUCCGAUUUCUUACCUUUUUUGGUCAGAUUAUCGAUUCAUUGAUUGCUGUUGGGAUGUAAAGAGAAUUGCCACAAAUAUGACAAAAUAUUCUUCUAAACUAAAUUACCUAACCCUAACUUUAAUUUAGAGUUACAUUAAUGACGUAAUGAACAUUGUAUCUAUGUAAUGCUCAUCAAUGACGUUUCUACUUUUCAGUCUUCAAAUGCGCUAAGGAUCAAUGGAAACUGAUGAGGCGCGUUUCUUAACUGUGGUCAGUCCCAGCGAGCCGUUGAUGGGUGGCAGCCCACAGGUUAAACCCCGCCGCUCACGCGUUUGACCCUCUUCCUGGCAGACUGAGCACUGAGCCUCCCGAGCCACGGAGAUGGCGAUGGUGGAGUACCUGGCGUACCCCACAGGCACCGCCACGUUUAUCCUCCUCCAGAACACCUCCUCCAACACUACGGCCCCGCCCACCUCCACCCAACCCCAGCUGCUCCAGCCCGCCGACACCGCGGGCUCGGCGGCGUUCGCCUUGGCCUUCCUGUCCCCGCUCGCCCUCGCCACCGCCGUCCUCAACGGCGGUGUCAUGGCCGCCAUCUGCAGCACCAAGAAGCUGCACCUGCCCGCCAACUACCUCAUCUGCUCGCUGGCCUUCACCGACUUCUUGGUGGCGGCGCUGGUGAUGCCGCCGGCGGCGCUGUACGUGGCGUCGGGCGCCUGGCGGCUGGGCAGCGCGGCGUGUGAGGCCUGGCUCAGUGUGGACAUGACCUGCUGCACCUGCUCCAUCCUGCACCUCUGCGCCAUCGCCCUGGACCGCUACUGGGCCGUCACCAAGGCGACCGCCGAGUACGCCCGCAGGAAGUCGGCCCGCCGCGUGGCCCUCAUGAUCGCGGCCGCGUGGCUCGUCUCCGUCUUCAUCUCCCUGCCGCCGCUGUUCUGGAGACGCGGGGGCGGGCGUGCUGCGGUCGCCGUGGACGACGGCGGAGACGAGGGGCAGUGUGUGAUCAGGCACGACCACGUGGGCUACACGGUGUACUCCACGCUGGGGGCGUUCUACGUGCCCAUGGCGGUCAUCCUGGUCCUGUACCGGAGCAUCUACCGCGCUGCGAGGACGCUGUACCAGAAGAGGGGCUCCUCCUCCAGGAACCUCCGGAACCUGGGGAGCCAGAGCUCCAUGGACCGCUGCCGGGGGCAACAGCCGCCACAACCACAGCCGCCGCGGGCAUUCUGCGUGUCGGACGCCGGGCUGACGACCGUUGACACCCUGAGGGCCGGGGUGCGCUCCGUCUCGGACGGGGAGCUUACGGAGGGGCGGAGCCAGCAGGGUGGCGCGUCGCGGAGGGAGAGGAAGGCGGCAGGGAUCCUGGGUCUGAUCCUGGGGGCCUUUGUCCUCUGCUGGCUGCCGUUCUUCCUGAAGGAGCUGCUGGUGGGGCUGAGGCUUGCACAGCCCUCCCCGCGGGUGUCUGACGUCCUGGCCUGGCUGGGCUAUGCCAACUCCCUGGUCAACCCCCUGCUCUACACCAGCUUCAACGACGACUACAAGCGGGCCUUUAGAAAACUGCUCAGGAGGAAGGCCCACGCCUAAACUAAACUAAACUAAACUAAACUUGCUACAUAAACAGGUCGAGGAAUACACUGGGGAUUCUGUGUUUUAACAGAACUAUAAAGACAUAUCAAGUCACUUGUGUUUACCUUUUAUAGCCCUUAAUAACAGUUACAGUGACUGCUUCAAAAUCCCAAUAUACGACAACCCCUUACCCUUAGCACUCCGAAGGACAGAAAACACCUCCUCAUUCCCAGAGGGAUCAAACCUUGAGAAGGAACACUGAAAAUAAAAUGUAAA